UCAAGAGUGUGUUGAACAGGCACAGUAAGGUGCAGAAGGUGACCGGGUAGCUCAAUUGGUAGAGCGUCCAUUUAAUGUUAGGAGGGUCUCAGGUUCGAACCCAGGUCUGGCCUUGCAUUUUUCCGCGCCUAUUACAUUAGUAAUAAACAUUCAUUUGGGUAACACAGUUAUAUAAUGUUACUGUCUAUAGGAACAAUUUCAUUACUAAAUUGAGGAAAAUGACAGUUCAUAGGUAUAUAACUUUAUUUUUGUAUGUAAAAAUUAUUCUUUGAAAUGAAGUACCACUUGUUUCGAAAUUUGACUGAUCAAAAGGGUUCUUAUUUUUUGUAACAUGCAGACGAUAAUCCAGUCACUGACCAUGCUCGAUGUUACUGAACUUUAUAUUGAGCAGGUCCCCAGCUAUGCCACAUCACUGGAACAGCUAGCUUAUCCGUAUUAAAGCAGUCACAGAUUUCCCUAUCUUAUUUUUGGCUGUUACAAUAUUCUCCCCUCUAAGAAGUCUCGUCCAGAGACCGGAAAUAGCCUGGGAAGUUCUGGUGAUUGAUUGGUUGAUGGGGCUUUUACGUCUUUGUUCUGGUGAUUAUUAAGCCUAGGACACAAAAACAAAAAAUACAAAUAAAUGAAAAAAAAUGGGAAGCAGGGAGGAGGGGGACAUUGUUGUCUAAGUGCAAUUUCACUUUUUUAAAUUGCCAAAGAUUUCUAAUAUGGAGGCUAGGGGUAUUCUAGUUCUAUUUUCUGUGGUUUAUAGGUCAAAGGAUUACAUUUUUGGACUGUCAAAUACAGUCAUCAGCUAGUCUAAACCUUUAGCCUAUACUAUACUUUGUGGAAGCUAAUUAAACAAUUAGCCAACUCUUAUAUCAAAAUCCAGCAGAAUGAAUUUUAAUGUACAAGGCGUGACUCACUUUACACCGGACCCCUGUUUUAUGACCAAAGGUCAAGAUGAAGUAGAUUGAGGAAAGUGUGAGAGAGCAUAACAAAUGGCAAAAGUUAUGAAAAUAGGUUUGGCUUGUUAGUAAUGGUUGGUUUAUUAUUCAAGGAGAUUUCUGGACACCAUUUGUAUAACCCUGUCUUUCGGGUACUUAUAAUGAAUAGCCAUGGUGUUUUCAAAUGGGGGAAAAGGAAAAUUGUAAUUGGUGUUAAUAGAGUUGAAGUACCAAUGCACCCUCCCUAACCAUGGGGACCUUGCCUUACACGGUACCCGAGAAUCCCACCGCUGCCACCAAAUAUAUCGUGCGGAAGGGCAUCCAUCCAGCCACUAACCAUGCUUGAAGUUGGUGAACUAGUCUGUGGUUGCCCGAGUUAUACCACAUCAAAAAGUUGCAACUGCUCUGACUCUGGUAUGGCUUGGUUUCAUGAUCUAUCUGUGGUUUCCUAUGCUGUUGCCAAAUGCCCAGAAGAAAAGUGUAAUUGACAAAGGUAUAUUCAGACAGGAGGCGCUGGCACAGAAAAAAAACAUGACAUCAACCGAUGCUGUCCAUGUGUGUAUAAUGUCUGACAGCAACACCAUCGGUGGUAUGAUGGCCCUUAUCAACAGCAUCCGCCUCAACACCAAACACGACGUCAUGUUCCACCUGUUCGUGGACAGAAAGAGCAUGGACCACGCCAGAAUCUGGAUUGAAACUUCCACGUUGCUUGUAAUAUUUUAUGACCUACAUGUUUUCCCACAAGAAUGGGUCAAGGGGAAAAUAAAGGUCCGAGGAGGUCGUCCAGAACUGGCCAGUCCAAUGAACUUUGGAAGAUACUAUCUACCACGGUUAUUUCCAGAUUUCCAUGGACGGGUUCUCUAUAUUGAUGAUGACAGCAUUGUUCAAGGUGAUGUUUAUGAAUUAUACAACAUGAAAUUAAAACCAGGGCAUGCCGCUGCAUUCUCUAAGGACUGUGAUGGACCAGCUAAGAGACUCUCACUCAUGAAAAACAAUUACGCAGAUUAUAUUGAUUUCAAAAACAAACAUGUUAAAGAACUUGAUCUAAACCCAAACGAGUGUGCAUUCAACAGCGGGGUGUUUGUUGCUGACCUGGAUCUGUGGAGGAAAAACAACAUCACACAGAAGCUUGAGUACUGGAUGACUCUGAAUACGAAAGAGGAAGUGUAUGGAAAUGAACGCGGGGGCGGAGCCUCACAGCCACCGAUGAUGAUCGUAUUUUACAACCAGUAUACAGAGAUAGAUCCUAACUGGCAUGUCCGCUACCUAGGGUGGACGACAAGGACAAGCUACAGUAAGAGUUUCCUUAGUUACGCCCACCUGCUGCACUGGAACGGACGUUACAAACCCUGGGGGCGUGUUUCUUCUCAUGUGGACAUCUGGGACAAAUAUUUUGUCAAAGACCCAGACAACAAAUUCCAUCCAGUCCGUAAAUACUGAUACAACCAAUUAUCCUUUUGUUUUUCAUCUUUUUUGACCUUCAAUUUUUUAUCAUGAAAAUGACAAUUUUUUUUUCAAAGACACUUGAGCUUCAAGUUUGUUAUUUAUAAUAACAUAUCUUUUACAUUGCAUGUUGGGUAUUUGUUUUUAACUCCCAAAAUCAACUUUAUUUGCAAAGGAACAGAACAUAACUGUAGAUAGACUACAAGCUAAAAUGAAGGAUCCUAAGGGGGGAGAAGGUUUCUGGAGAUCAACAAUUGUCAUCUUUUUAAUGGGCUUAAACUGGGGAAAAAACAGUAAUGGGAUUACCCAGGGAGGGGGUAUACUGGGGAAAACACAGUAACGGGAUUACCCAGGGAGGGGGUAUACUGGGGAAAAAACAAUAAUGGGAUUACCCAUGGAGGUGAAACUGGGGAAAAAACAGUAAUGGGAUUACCCAGGGAGGGGGUAUACUGGGGAAAAAACAGUUAUGGGAUUACCCAGGGAGGGGGUAUACUGAGGAAAAAACAAUAAUGGGCUUACCCAGGGAGGGGGCAUACUGGGGAAAAAACAGUGAUGGGAUUACCCAGGGAGGGGGUAUACUGGGGAAAAAACAAUAAUGGAAUUACCCAGGGAGGGGGUAUACUGAUAAAAUACCAAACAUUUAUCACAUACCUGUUGAAUCUUGUUAUAGUAAUACAAGCAAUUUUCAGACCAUGAAAUA